AUGACAAUAUUAAAUAAAGAGAUCGAUAAAAAAAAAAAAAAAGAAAAAAAAAGUAAAGCUUCCAAUCUAAGUGGUAACCUCAAAAGUAGAGACGAAAAAGAUGAACUCAUACAAAGACUAAAAAUAUGUCAAUAUAAUGAUAAUAUUUUUGAUUAUAUCGAUAAGAAAUAUAAAAAGUAUAUUAUAAAAAAUAAAAAUUAUAGUAAUGAGAAUAUAUUAAUAGAUAAAGAAAAGAAUGAUGAUAAAUAUAUACAUAAUAGUGAUGAUAAUAAUACACAUAAUAAUGAUGAUAAAUAUGUAUAUAAUAAUGAUGAUAAUUGUUCCAAGAAUUUAGUGAGCUCAUCAUUUAUUUUCUUUGAAUCUAUUAAUUCUUAUGAACUUAAGAAAUAUAAAUCAAGCUCUCUCAUUUUUAAUAUGCUACACAGUAUUACAAAAAUAAAUAUGAAAAAAUUAUACGAUGAAAAUAAUUUUUUAAAUAAAGGAUGGUCAGACAAAGAAAAAUUCAAAGAAUUAAAAAGUAAUAGGAGUAAAUUGAUAUUAGGGUUUCUAAAAAAAGAAGAAGCAAAUGAAUAUAUUGAUAGCCAUAAUUUAAGUGAAAACAAAACAGAUGAUGAUACAUUUUCUACUACAAAAGAAAAUUUUAAGAAACAUUUUGUAGAUAUAAUAAAAACAGAUGAUAAAAAAGAAAUUGAAGAAUUUUUAAAAACAAAUCCACUUGUGUGUUUUAUAAAUUAUAGAUUUACUUCAGAUUAUUAUCCAUAUGAAAAAAAUAUAGUUUGCUAUCUUUAUGAAAUACAAAUUAUAAAAGAAUAUAUAAAAAUAGGUAUAGGAACUCAUUUAAUAAAUAUAUUAGAGCAACUCUGUAAAAAUAUACAUAUUAAUAAAAUUUUAUGUACUGUUCUAAAAAGUAAUCAAAAAGCUGUCAUGUUUUAUAAAAAGAAAUGUUCCUUUCAAUUAGAUGAGAGUUCACCAGAAAAUUUUUAUUCAGAAAAUGUUAUGUCACAAAAAUGUGAAUAUGAAAUAUUAAAGAAGGACAUAUUAUUAUAG